CACUUUAAAACCCCUUGUAUACCUUGGAGCGAGCGUCAUCCGACUCGAGCUCCACUCCUGGCUCUGGGUAAAUGGCUCUUCGUCCUCCUCCUCCCCCUUCCCUCCUCCUCCUCGCGUUAUUCCUCUUGGCAAUGUCCGGGUCACGUCAGGAAAGGGCACUGGCACGCGAGAGCGGCGCUGAGCUCAAUAGGAGUGCCUUCCCUGACGAAUUCAUCUUCGGCGCCGGCUCCUCGGCUUACCAGUAUGAAGGCGCCGCGAGGGAAGGUGGCAGAAGGCCGAGCAUUUGGGAUACCUUCACACACAAGCAUCCAGUAUGGCCAAACUUCACGCCUAGGCGCGUCCAAUCCUCAUAGUCUACCGUCUUAAUCCACGCGGAACACCAAAGUCAUGCAUGAAGUCGACCGUAGUUACUAAUUAUCCCUACCUCCAAGUAAAAGCUCUACGCUCCUUUUGAUAAAUGCAAGACUAGGACGUGCUUGAACUGACCAGUCUUACAGGUGAGCCAACAUUUUAUUGAAGCAACUAAUUUGGAUUGCGGUACAUUGUGAUUGAAAAUUUAGCGUCAUGAUACAUGGUACAUUGGGAUUUCUCUCACUAGGCACGCCUGUGUAUUUUGCAAUCAAAAAUUCUAUAUACGAGUCUGUAAUAAUAUAUUUGUAGAUAUUCCUAUUUGAACCACGUUGUCAUGGUAUGAAUAGAUUUUCUGUGUCUUUUAAAAAAA